AGAAAUCCUAGCACCUACACAGCAAGAUUCGUGCUAAAACUUAUAAGCAAAAUAACUCUGCUAAAAAACACUAGAAGAGAAAUUACAAGCGCAUACUACGAGCUAAAACUUAGACAUAGAUAUAAUAAAGUAUACCUACACAAUAUUCAA